AUGGCUAAGCUCAUUUUCUUCCUCGCCGUCCAAAUCCUCCUCCUCGCCGCCGUUUCCUCUACGGGAGACAACGGGGAAAACUUUGCGAGAACCAUAGAUCGGAAACUCCUCGGUCUCCACAAGAGAGAGAAACUAACCCAUUUCAAAGCCUAUUGGCACGACCAGGUAAGCGGUCCAAACCCAACCUCUAUCGUGAUUCAACCACCACUUUCAAACUCUUCCUUCUUCGGAGCCAUCGCCAUGAUCGACAACGCUUUGACGGCCAAAGCUACGAUGAACUCCACAGUGUUGGGCCAGGCACAAGGAUUUUACGCGGGAGCUGCUCAAAAGGAGUUGGGUUUUCUGAUGGCGAUGAACUUUGCUUUUAAGACGGGGAAAUAUAACGGUAGCACGAUCACGAUUCUUGGUCGGAACACGGCAAUGUCGGAGGUUCGAGAAAUGCCGAUCGUCGGAGGAAGUGGGCUGUUCCGAUUUGCUAGAGGCUAUGUUGAGGCUCGUACAGAGUGGUUUAAUCCCACGAAUGGUGAUGCUUGUGUUGAGUAUAGUUGUUAUGUCUUGCACUACUGA